UAUAUAUUCGGGCAUGAACUGACUGGCAGGAGGAAACGAAAAAUGACGACCGUUAAUAUCAUUGUAAGUGUGGCGACUUUUUUAAAUGUUUUACUAUGUUUUGUAAGUUGUAAAGAUAGCCAUGCCAAGAGACUUCUUGUUAAUGACCCACACGCUAUUCAAGAUCAAAUGACUCACAUCCAGGAAGAACUACAGGUGCUACAGACAACGGUACAGACACAGGCAGGGAAAAUAACGUCACUGGAACAACAACUCUCACAGGCCGAGCAUGGUACAGGAGGAGCCACAUUUGUCCGUUGGGGAAGGACUGACUGCCCUGCCAAUUUAACAGAGCUUGUUUAUUCCGGUUACGCGGGCGGAUCCUUUUAUACACACAAAGGUGCGGCGGCGAACUAUGUUUGUUUACCACGAGAGCCGGUGUGGGGACCUUACAAAGAUCUACCCAAUGAUGACUAUUCUGCAAGAAUGUAUGGCGCUGAAUACGAAUCCCACCCUUCUUCAACACCUUUUGGUUCACAAUCACGUGACAAAGACGUUCCGUGUGCGGUCUGUAGGACUACGUCAUUUAUCUCCUCUGUGAUGAUACCAGCGAGGGCAACAUGCUUCAGCGGCUGGACGAAGGCGUACAGUGGUUCACUGGCGGCAGGGAACUAUAAUUUUGCAGCAGCUUCCGAGUACAUCUGCGUGGACGAGCAUGCGCAGUCCGUAGUCGGAGGGGUCGACGCCAACGAAAAUGGGGCGUUGUUUUUCGCUGUAAAAGCGGAGUGUGGUUCACUCAGAUGCCCGCCAUAUGAACAGAAUAAAUAUCUAUCUUGUGUUGUCUGCAUGAAAUAAAAUAAAGACUAUUCGGAGAAAAUGUCAUCUCUCAACACAAAA